CUCUGACCAAUCAGCUGUGCUUUCUGACGCAGGCAACUUACUCCCGCCAAUUCCGACUAGGAGCGCGAGGCAGGCAGCGGGGAAGCCGCGGAGGGACCUAGAAGAGCUGGAAGCGGCCAAUUGUGCGCUACUUUCGGGGGAACACAUUAGCAAUACAUGUCGGUGAGUUAGCGACAAAAGGUUAAGUUCCCCCCCACCCCCUUCGACCGGGGCUGUUUACGUGCCGUCAUAUCGAAAAUUCAUCCACCGGAGAAGCCGGCACCCUCAGGUUCGUGGUACGAAGAUGUUGGCUGCGGAGGCACCGUCAGUGGAGGGGCUCUUGGCAGCUUCGACACCCCGUAGACGAGGUAUGGAUUGUAAACCGAAUAAGGCCAACAAGAAACUGGUACAAGCUCGCCUCCCUUUCAAGCGCCUGAACCCGGAACCAAAAGAAAGCAAGCCUUCACCGAAGCGUCCCCGUGCACAUGUUUGCUCUGAACCAGUAGUCUCUGACACAGAGAAUGACAACGAGUCCGCUCCGCUCGCCGUGCCCAGUAGACCCGCCUUGGUUAAUGGCCGCGGGCCCCUCGAUUGCUUCCUCAGCAAAAGGCGCCCUUCAGCUUCAGACGAGAACAUUAUAGAUCUGUCCCACGGCGGCCCAUCUCCCGUCAAGUGCAAGAUGGGUCCCGUCACACCUCGCCGCACAUUAAAAGACAGACAAAGCGGGCACACGAGCAUAUCCCGCGGGAACUCCAGACGCGUGGAUCGCGCUGCUGACACGCACACUUCAGACCGCACAGAAAACCCGACAAAUAAAGACGACGAGACGGUGGUGGAAGAGGAGGAUGAUGGGAUCUUGCUGCUUGAUACGACGCGGGAGUCCGACAGCGAGCCAGAAGAGCAGAAUGCAUCGGAGAAUGUUUCCAGUUUGGGCAACAAGUCAACGUUGUCAAAUUUGUCAGGGUGUUCCACACGUGAGAGCUCGCCAGAGAGGACUAAAACAGAUGAGCACACGCCCGCCACCACACCAACUGCAGAGUCAGCAACCACUCCACCCCCUGCAGAUAAAAGGAAGAUAAAAAGACGCUCGUUAAAGAAUCUCCAAGAGCAAGAAGAAAGGCUUCGGCUGCGCCAGGAAAAGAAGCGGCAAAAGGAAGAGGCCAAGGCGGCCAAGGAGAAAAAGAGGGAUGAGAACCGUAAGCUGAAGGAGGAGCGUGAAAAGGAAAAGCGGGAGAAGAAGGAAAAGGAUGAGCGAGAGAAGCGGGAGAAAAAGGAGAAGGAGGAACGGGAAAAGGCAGAGAAGCUAAAAGCGAAGGAGGAGCAGCGCAAAUCCAAGCUGGAGGCCAAGCUUGAGGAGAAACGCAAGAAAGAGGAGGAAAAGCGGAUGAAGGAAGAGGAGAAGCGGGUGAAAGAAGAGAAAGAUCGUCUCAAAGCAGAGAAAGCGGAGAUCACAAGGUUUUUACAGAAACCCAAAAUCCAGCAGGCUCCAAAGACUCUCGCAGUGGCUUGUGGGAAGUUUGCGCCAUUCGAGAUCAAGGACAACAUGUGCAUGGCGCCGUUGUGCCGGGUUCAGUGCGAGGAGUCUGCCCUGGAGGAACUGGACCGCUGUUUGUCGAACCCCAGUGACGACCCGUGUUCACUGAAGGACUGGAUAGGCCAGAAACCUCGCCGCUCUGGCGCCACCAGACCCAGAGUGCCAACCGCCGACAGCGAUUGUAUUGCCGUGGAUGGGCCCAAACCAGAGGGCGUACCCGAUCGUAAACUGUACGGACCCAUGAAGUUGCUGCUGUUUCGUGAGAACCACCGUCCAGCUUACUGGGGAACCUGGAGGAAGAAGAGUUUUCACAUCUCACCGCGCUGCCCCCUCAGGAAAGACACGGAUUUAUUGGACUACGAGGUGGACAGCGAUGAAGAAUGGGAGGAAGAGGAACCCGGGGAGUCCCUCUCACAUAGUGAAGGGGAGGAUGAGGAGGAGGGAGGCGAAGAUGAUGACGACAACGAUGGCUUCUUCGUCCCUCAUGGGUAUCUGUCGGACGACGAGGGGGCGCUAGAAGAAGCGGAUGGCGGUGACCUGGAAAAGCAGAAACUGCAACAGAGAAGGAAAGCCAGGGAGUGGGAAGAGCUGAUGUCUACCAAGAACAAGAUGAAGGUGCUGCAGCCGGUGGUGAGGGGCUGCCUCUGGGCGGGUGAGGGCCCGGUCUCGGAUCUUCUGCAGUCAUACGCUGCAUGCCUCAUAGAACCCUUACCCAAGGCUGACAUGAGCCCCAGCCCAGAGGAGCAGACUGAGAAGUGCGCCAAAGAAGCGCAGUUGCUCGGUCAGCUACUGCCGCUGCUGCACGGCAACCUGAACAGUAGCAAGGUGAUCAUCACUGAGUUUCAGGAAUAUUGUCGGCAGAAAACAUUGUCCUCCACACCACCUUCUCAACUGUCCAGCCCCGAAACUUCGCCAGACAUUCCCACCCGAAUACAGUUGAAGCGUCUGAUCCAGAACAACGCAGUUUACGAGAAGCGCUCCACCUACCGACGCAGCUGCUGGUACGCACACGCCGAAGUUCUGUCCCGCUUCGGCCUGGAGGCUCUCCCGGUGCCCGGGCAGUGGUCCUACCUGACCGGCGGCGCGCGGGAGGAGUCCCGCGAGGAGGCGGCCACGGGCUCUCAGGGCAACUCACCCACCACGCCGCAGACUCCAUCCGCCACUUCGGCGGCCUCUAAAAGAAAGAGCACUGGCAGCAUGUCCAUCACCAAAUUCAUGAAGCGAUGUAGCGACCCAGAACAGACGGACGAAAUGGAGGCCGACGGUUUUCAAGCUGACACUGAGGAGGAUGACGACGACUGCAUCAUCGUCUCCAUGCAAAGCGCCAGAGAGAAUUCCUCCAACGAGGCAAGCGACGUAAUGGAAGUCACCCCGUCCGACACGGCUGCUCUCCCAGUGGCCAGCGCCGCUCCGACCCUCGCCACAGCCUAGGAAAAAGGCGAGGCGUUUCCCAUGUUCCUCGCCCUCCCCUUCUUUCCCUAAUUAAUUUCCUCCCCCGUGAGCGUGGCGAGGAAGAUGAAGUGGCGCACUCUGUUCACGCUGGAAUUACCCUGCCGCCAAGUGGCGGGAAGCUAGUUGAAAACUCCCUCAGGCGUGUUUGGUGUGUUUUCACUUUUCCGACUGUUCCGGCGCACCAUUCAUGGCAAGAAGUGUCCAAAAACAUCAUUAUUUACGUUUUAGAAACUUCAUUCUAAUGUUGUAAUUGUAUAUAGGCUGCCAGAAGUUAAAAUCACAUUAAAGGUUCCUCCAUUUGUUUCCUGUUGUACCAUUUACUCUGAUUACUUCUUAACCCAUGACAGCUCACUGGAGUAGUUGCUA